AUGUCAGAAAAAGACUAUCAUAACUUUACAGGAGCACACUGUGAAGCUAAUAAUGCCAGUUCUGGCUACGUCUAUAGCCAAGAAGCUGGCGUGUGGCUGCGCCUGCACUUGGAGACUGCCACCUGGUACGAAGCAGGAAUGCGAUGUACCUUAGAAGGUGGGAUCCUGGCUUCUCCGACGACCAGCGCCAUAGCCCAAAAGAUGGCUUCCAUGAUGGCCGAGCAAGACGAGCAGUUGGUGCACUCAGUGUUUACCGGAAUAAACUCCAUUUUAGUAAAGGGAAACUAUACUUCCCUUGAUGGUAAGUCAGGAUUUAGGACUAUUAUUGAUUUUAAAUCAACAGGAGUGCCGUUGUCCGCUAUCCCGGUCCCACUCUGGGACUCGUACGAGGACUGCGUGGUGCUGACGCGCGCGGGCAAGCUGGCCGACGUCAACUGUCAGAGCGAGCUGCCAUACUUCUGCCGCAAGGAUAACGCCCAAAAGUGUGGGAUCCAGGCCAAGGGGUACGUGUGGGAGCCUCGCACCGAUAGUUACUACAAGUUCCACCGCAUCGCGAGGACCUGGGAUGCCGCCAACAGCGUGUGCCAAGCCGAGGGUGGACAUCUGGUCAUAAUCAACAGCAACACUGAAUCUACGGUGCUCAAACAGAUUUUUGCGAAGAACCCUGAGAAUACGAUCACUGGGACAGAGUUUGUUAUUGAAAAAAACUAUGCCCAUGUUGGUUUUAAGCGGAACGGCGACAAAUUUGUCACUAUUAAUGGUAAAUCGCUUCGUGAAGCUGGAUUUGAGAAGUGGUCUCCCGGCGAGCCGAACAACCCGGACGUAGAAAAAUGCGGAUCCAUUUAUAAAAACGGACUGCUCAAUGACAUUGACUGCACGAAAAAAUUCGCCUUCAUCUGUGAUGCCCGCCUCGGCGACGAUGUCGUCUCGCCAGCGUCGCCGCGGGCGGUACGCGUGCCGCGUGGCGCCGCGCGGGGUUCCUCUGGCCACGGCCACGAGUGCAGCGGCACGGGCGCCGGCGCAGGGCGCUGCGCGCGGCACACGGCGCACUGCUCCGCCACCCGCUCGAAGUCCGCGUCCAAGUGGCAGUAUGCAGCGGGCAGUCCAGUGAGCGUCUAUGAGUACGAAAACGUGCGCGAGGCGGACACGUGGCUGCGCCUGCACAUCGUGCCCGCUACCUGGUCGGAUGCCGCCAUGCGAUGCCAACUCGAAGGUGGUGUGUUAGAGACUCCUAUGACCAACGCCACGACUGAAGUAAUGCUGAACGCGAUGAAAAAACACAAACAUGCCUCAAACAUGGUGGAAAGUCCAGUGUGGAUUGGAAAAACAGACAUUCGAUAUAAGGGAAAAAAUAAGUCUUCGGACGCUACAGGAGGGGUUUUCAUCAAUAACAUAGAAUGGGUUUCGAGAGAUUCAUCCGAGUUCGAAACCGUUUACUGCGUGGCGCUGACGGACACGGGCAAGCUGACUUUCACCAGCUGUUCGCGAGCACUGCCAUACUUCUGCCGCAACAGUGUCCCUAAAGGCCCCUCCAGUCCUUCCACUGAAGAUUCUGCCGACAAGUAUAACUAUUAUGAUGUCGAUACUAAGAAUGAUCGGGAUGGAAUACCUACAUCAGUGGCGCAGCAGUGUGACGGCAAUGGGUACGAAUGGAAGCCCCGCACCGGCAGCUGCUACAAGUUCCACCGGGCCGCUAAGACCUGGCGCUCCGCCCUUUCCACCUGCCUCGCCGAGGGCGGACAUCUGGCCGUCAUCAACAGCAACACCGAGUCGACAGUACUCAAGGAACUGUACGAACAGAACAACUAUACUGUGAUUACUGGAACAACGAUGCCUUAUUAUGCAUCUAUUGGGUUCAGGAAGUUGGAUGGCAAGUGGGUCACUGUACAAGGUGAGGGUUAUCAAAAGUUUUUGUUUAACAAGGGGGAAAAUUGUUUAACUUCUCGUGCAUUAGCACAUUGAUACCUGGCUGGCAAGCAAAAGAUUUCAAAAACGACCCAUGAAUGUAGGCUAGCGAAUGUAACAUAAAAAUUUUCAUCACACCAACGCAAGAGUACAGUUCGUACCUGUACUCUUGCGUUGGUGUGAUGAAAAUUUUUAUGUUACAUUCGGUAUCGGUAGCAAAGAUUUUUCUACGCUUAUUUUUCAAACCACGCGCUAGCCUACAUUCAUGGGUCGUUUUUGAAAUCUUUUGCUUGCCAGGGUAUCAAUGUGCUAAUAAUAAUUACAUAUCAAAUCUAAACUAACUCUUUUAAAUAUUUAUCAUUCAAAAUCAUCACCAGCCAACAUGAGGAAACAACUCAAAAAUUACAUCAAAUUACUUUGCCACUCUUGUGGAUAAAAAUAAACUCUCUCAUCAAAUUUUGAAGAAUAAAGAGAGCCUUUCCGGACUGAGAUGAUAAAAAAAAUUUUGCUAUGUGAUUUUAAAAAGUGACUUACGCUCUAAGCAAUAAUAUCUAUUUAGGUACAUUUAUGGUCAAACUGAAUUCAAGCUUAUGAUUAAAAGAUUUUUCAUCAUAUAGCUUUUUGCACUAAGUUAUUAAUACUUAUUAAAGUUUUUUUUUUAUUAUUCUGUAGGAGAAACUCUCGCCGAGGCUGGUUUCGAAGAGUGGUCCCCCGGCGAACCCAACGAUCUGGGAGAAGAGAACUGCGGAACCAUAUACUGGGAUGGACUGCUCAACGACGCCCCGUGCGACGCGCUGUACCCAUACAUCUGCGAGA